GAGGAGGAGCGGGAAGAGGAGGAGGAGGAGUGUGGAUACCUCGGUCGAGCUGAGCUGCCGCGUUUCACUCGAGCUCCAAGUAGUUUGACGAAGUUUCAGUGAACAAGUCGUGGAUUAGCCGGAACAGUGAUGGAUAUGCGUGUGGCCCGGUUGGGCUUCGUCCUUCUGAGUCUGUCCGCAGGUUUGAUCGCGGGUCUAGACAUCACGUCUACACAGUCCACGUCCAUAGAGAGGGCCAGUGGUGAUACUGUGAAGCUGGACUGUCAGUUUACUCUGGCCACUAUAGACUCUGGACCGCUGGAUAUUGAAUGGAGCUUACUGUCUUCCGACAACCAGAAAGAGGACAAAGUGGUUAUCCUGUACUCAGGCGACAGGUCCUACGAGGACUACUUUCCACCCAUGAAAGGCAGAGUCCACUUCAACUCAGCCGACCCAAAAAACGGUGACGGCUCCAUCAACCUGACGGGGCUGAAAUCAACAGACUCGGGCACUUACCAGUGUAAGGUGAAGAAGGCUCCCGGUAUCCGCAGCAGGAAAAUUACGCUGAUCGUCAUGGUGAAGCCGUCCAAGCCCAGGUGCUACACCGAAGGCCCCACACAGGAAGGCAAAGACAUUACGCUGAGGUGCAAAUCUGGGGAGGGCAGCAACCCCCUGCAAUACAGCUGGGAAAAGAUCAGUGAUGGCAAGCUGCUGCCUGCUGCCUCUGUGCUGGACCCUGUGGGAGGCACCGUUAAUGUAAGGAACGCAUCUGCCAGCGCAUCGGGUACCUACCGCUGCACUGCCACCAAUCCUGUUGGCACCGAGGAAUGUACACUUCAUCUCAAUAUAACACCUCCCCCCAACACCGCAGGCAUCAUCGCAGGAGCCAUAAUUGCUGUACUCCUGAUCCUCAUCAUUAUUGCCAUCAUCCUCUUCUGCUGUUGCCGUGCUCGUAACAGGAAGAAGUACGAGAAGGAGAUCUGCAACGAGAUACGAGAGGACGUGCCUCCUCCUAAGAGCCGUGUUUCGACAGCACGCAGCUUCACCGUGGGCAGCCAGCGCUCCUCCCUGGGCUCCAUGUCGCCUUCCAACCUGCACGAGUACGCCCUGAAGCCCCAGUACGACAAGAUUCCCUCAUCAGAAGAGUUCGAGAGGCCACCGAGCCAGGUCCCUCUGCCACCCCCCACUGGUGUCAGGAUGGCCGGCCCAAACCUCAGUCGCAUGGGAGGCAUUGCUGUCAUGAUCCCUGCCCAGAACAGGGACGGCUCAAUUGUCUAGAAUGUCCUCUUCAGGUGAAGGGGCCGUGUAACAAGGGGAGGGAACAGAGGAUAGUAGUAGGACACAAGACAAUGAAGAUGGCACAAGAGCUGGGAUGGGCUGACUCACCUGACUCUUCAUUAACACACAUGGGAGUGUGCUCCUCCUAUGAAGACCUGGCUCUGCUGUGGUGCUGAGAAGAGAAAUGGAGUUGUACUGGAAUCAAGACAGAGCACAUUUACUUUUUAUCAAAUAUAAAUACAAAAAAAAAAAUCUGAAAUUUACUUCCUGGGCUUUCUCAAAGAAAAAAAGAAUUAGUGUGGGUAUAAAGCUGAAGGGUCAAUAUACAAAUUAUAUUGUACAUAAGUGAAUGCAUGUCUUUUUUUUUAUAUAUAUAUAGAUGGCCCUUUCUGUAGAAUUCAGAUACAGGCCCGUAAUUGGCCAGUUGUACAGCUGUAUGCAUGCAUGUAUGUGUAAAAUUGCAGCAGUAUGUGUGCGUGAAAAUAAGUUUUUGUAUGUGAAUGGGAGUUAGGGAAAUAUAUAACUCAUUCAUUAUUUUAAACAGUAUAAUUUGUCAGGUGACCCAGUCUUUACUAGUUUUUAAUUCCAUACAUCAAUGUAAAUUGAGAUGGACCAACCCUCAGAAAAAAUUCGAUCAAUUUGAAAAAAAUUCACUCAUUUGAAUUAAUCUCCCUUCUGAUUUGAAAACAGUCUAUGUAGGUCAGCCGUUUCCUCUUGAAGAGUUUGAACUGUUUGAAUCGUCCAGUCAGGGUUUAGGUGGGGGGCUUACACGGACCAGAUUGGCUGAUGGGGAAGAGGGGGCUGAAGCCACCACAUCUUGUGAUUGGCUGGAUUAUUGCUCCUUGACCAAGCUUCAAAAACAAUAAAAGACCAGUGUCCAGCCCUCCCCCAGAGAUCUUAGAGGAGGUGGUGCACAACAAGGUUCACUGAGCAAUCUGCUUUAAUUGUGUUUGACUGUCAAUAGGCCCCUAACCUCAACGACAACCAAAACACAAAAAUAGAAAGACAGGCAGACGCACACACCUUAUUAGCUGGACAAGAGCACCAGCUCUUUGAUUUUUUUUUUACAUAUGCAGCACCUUGCAGGGGUGCUGCAUAUGCCUGUCAUUGCUCCUGUAGUGCUAAUUGGCAUUUUUAUGAAGGAUGUAAAGUAAGAAAGUUCCCCAAAGAGGAACUAAUGAGAUUAGGCUCAGGAAGCUGAGUACUGUUUGUCUGUGUGGACUUUGUAGACUGUCAGUGCUGGAUAAUUUUCAUUCAGGCGGCCAGUGUAAGUUGCCAUAGGCCAGUUCACGCAAGUUCUUGUUGUUUGGAAAAACUUUUAGAAAUCCAACAUCUCAUCCUGUCUGCUACUUAAAAAAAGCACUAAGAAUACCUGGAAUGGGCAAUUUUUCUUUUUGCUUGGACGCCUUAUUAUAUUCCUUAUUUUUGCCUUACACACCUCCCACCAGCUCACCUCUGCACAGCCUCACAGCUGGAUUCUACUGACUUCAAUUGUGCCUUGUUGUCCCCAGUUGAGUUUGGCCGUAGCACGUCAGUGUGCACUGUGUUAUGUGCAGUAGCAUCAUCCUGAAUCGACGACUUAGCCCACAAACACCAAAACAACAUCGAUGCGUGAGCCUAUUGGAUCCUUUUGCCUCAUUCAGGUCAAGUCUAGGAUUUCUCCACACCUGCUCAACUCCUGCAAAUUCACCCACAACCCAAAAGUACUUGUCGUAAAAAGCUUUUAUUUUAUAUUCAAAACAUGACUUCAUGUUCCUUUUUUUCAACUUUAUUUUAACUUCUGUAAUUGAUACACUUUUUUUUAAAUAAAUGCUUCUGGCUGUAUGUAUAAAUAUCCUGCGACGUAACCCUAUCUAAUCGCAACACAGUCCAAUGAUACACAGAUGAUGUUUGUAUGUAUAUGUGAUGCUCUGCCGUGCUGAAACAGAAGAGGAGGGGCCUUUCAGUACAAUGUAGAUGAUCCCUGGUGUGAUAGGGAAUUUCUGGCAGCGUGUGUGCGUGCAUGAGAGAGUGAGUGAGUGAGAGAUUGUGGAUUCUAGCAUCAUUGGGGACAUGACUGUUAUAGAAACAGAUUUGGCCAGUUUUAUGUUUAACCAGUUUUCUGUCACCAAGGAAAGUGAGACCUGAGCCUGCUUCGAGUAAUAGAUUACAUCUCGGUUCAAUUUUAAACACUACUGUGUGGGUGUGAUGAGCAAGUGAGUGAGUAGUACGUGAAAGGAGUUUACUGUCAGAAUGGGCCCUUGUAGAUUUCUAAUGAGACUUUCACCUGCUGACAGGCUGUACAGAGCUCUUAGGGAGGUUAUCCAGUUACUGUCACUUUAUGUGCUCAGAACAUUGACAUCUACUACUAACAAUAAUGACUGUAGCGUUUAAAUUUGCGUACUAAUAUUGUAUGAAGAUCUCCUUUGAGGUUUGCACACGGUGUGUUUUUUCUUUCUGUGUGUUUUUAUUGUGCUGUAUUUUUGAAUAAUAAAAGUUCAUGAAAAAAAAAAAGAA